AUGAAAUCUCCGGAAUGCCGCGGAACCGGCCGUUUCGGUGCCGGAUUGUUCGACCUGGGAUAUGCUUAUCCCAAACGCCGUAUCAUCCAACAAACUGAUCCAGUACUAUACGGAACGCAUCCGAAUCCAAACGUGUUGGAAACAUUUGGUAUUUUGAAUGAAGAAAUGCUCAUUAUGAAAUGGGUAUCAGCGAUUCAUCUUGAUAUGAACAAGGUCAAAAGAUUGAUUAAUCAGAGACUAGCACACAGCUUUGACGAUCACCUGGCUCAAGCCGUUCAAUUGCUCAACAUCGUUGAUCAAGCGAAAUCUAAGAUAGAAAAAUUAAUGAGAAUGGAACAAAUGAACAUUUCGUUCACAAAGUGA